CGCGUGGCCGUCGUUGCCAUGGUAAUUGCGGCAGCGAACCCAGCCAGAUCCGGCCGCGCUGAAUCCGGAUCCUCCGCAGCCGCUGCGGAACGCUCUGGAAGGAUGAGGUCCUCCCUGCUGCCUUUGGGGCCCCCUGUGAGCCGGGACCGCAUCAUCUCCAGCUUCCCUAAGUGGUACACGCCUGAUGCCUGCCUGCAGCUCAAGGAGCACUUCCAUGGGCAGGUCAAUGCCGCCUGCCAGCGCAGGAACACGGGGACUGUCGGGCUCAGCCUCUCCAAGGUGGUUGUCGUCGGUGACCUCUACGUGGGCAAGACCAGCCUCAUCCACAGGUUUUGCAAGAAUGUUUUUGACCAUGACUACAAGGCCACCAUCGGGGUGGACUUUGAAAUCGAGCGCUUUGAGAUUGCUGGGAUCCCUUACAGCCUCCAGAUCUGGGACACAGCAGGGCAAGAGAAGUUCAAGUGCAUCGCAUCUGCCUACUACCGGGGUGCCCAGGUGAUCAUCACAGCCUUUGACCUCACUGAUGUGCAGACUCUGGAGCAUACCAGGCAAUGGCUGGACGACGCACUGAGAGAGAAUGAGCCGGGUUCCUGCUUUGUGUUUCUCGUGGGAACCAAGAAGGACCUUCUGUCAAGGGCGGCGUGCGAGCAGACGGAAGUGGAGGCCGUGCACCUGGCCAACAGCAUGCAGGCCGAGUACUGGUCGGUGUCGGCUAAGACGGGGGAGAACGUGAAUGCUUUCUUCAGCCGCGUGGCCGCCCUGGCGUUCGAGCAGGCGGUGCUGCAAAGCCUGGAGAGGAGGAGCAGCUCCCAGCCCCAGGUCGGCGAUGGAGACCUCAUCCGAAUGGAGGGAAGUCCAUCCGACACCCAGGAGACCAAGAGGCCCUCCAGCCUGGGUUGCUGUUAG